AUGACGAAUUCCGGUGGAUCCAAGCGCAUCAGGACCGUAGCCGCUUGAAGCAACGAUGUCGACAAAAGUUUUGCAGGAGAUAGUCACCAAGGCUUUGGUCGUGGGUCUGUGAUCUUGACUGCUCUUACCGACGACGUUGUGAAGGGAGAGGCGGCUUCGUCGCUCAUGGAACGUUCUCUGACGUAUGGAAAGGUACUUGGAACGAUCCGAUUGAGAGACGGCCACGGCCUGUUGCCAUUAAGGUCCUGCGUCAAGUUAUGGUGCAAAACGUCCGAGAGAAGCUCAUCAAGCGACUUCAAUCGGAGGUCAUUGCUUGGCACCGUCUAUGUCAUCGCAAUGUAUCGCAGCUUUUUGGGAUAGUGCAUCUUUCACAAAAAAUAGGCAGGGCAUCGCCUUGGUGCGAACAUGGGACGUUUUGCAACUACCUGGAGCAAUUUUUUUUCCCGAGCGUGAAUCGAUUGAGACUUCUCGCCCAGGUGGCUUCUGCCAUUGCCUAUCUGCAUACAUUCAGGCCUACCAUUGUCCAUGGGGACUUAAAAGGAGUCAGGCCUCUUCGAAACAUUCCGGUCGAUGAGCAUGUGUAUGCGAUCAUCACCGACUUUGGGCUCUCCAAGGUCAUCGAGGAAAUGUCCGAGACCAUCAGCAAGGGCAUCUCUUCCUUUGCCGGGUUAACCCGGUGGAUGGCACCAGAGCUUAUUAUGUCACUGGUGGAAGACGAUGGGCAAAUUCCUCCCAUUACUACGUUUAGUGAUGUGUACGCAUUCGGUUCGGUGUGCCUUGAGGUGGCAGCUGGACGGCUCCCCUAUCCUCACAGAACAACCGACCAUGCUGUAGCUGUGGAUAUCAUUCGAGGAGUAAAACCUGCCAGGGAGCCCGCUGCCUUGUUCAAAAGAGCGUGGAUGUCAUUUGGGAUACUGUUGGGACGCCAUUGA